AAAAAAAAAGUAGGAGAAAAUUUUUUGUUUAAUUUUAACUGAAACAUUUGUCAUAUUUAACCAAUCCACGUUGGUUCCAGACAUUCCAGUCUUCAAAUCAAUCAUUCAACAAAUCAUUUAUACCUUUUCUUAAUUCCAUAACCCUCUUUCAUUAUAUCUGUUGAAGACUCAUCAAAUUUAUCCCAAAAAUUUAACAUAAUGGAAAUCUCAGCAAAUUCAACAACCGAGCAUUUCAAACUAUAUACCCAAUUGGAAUUAUAUGAAUUCCAAGACAAAUUUGUUAUCCGAUCACCUGAAUCUCCCACUGAUGGCUUCUCCAUUAGCCGCUUCGAUGGGAAUAUCGAGAAACUCAACGGUGAUAUUAGCUUUGGAAAUCCUUCCAAAGUUUCUACAAUUUAUGGAGUUGCUGGAACAAUUAGGUUGUUGGCAGGAUCACAUAUAUUGUUAAUAACAUCCCGGAAAGAAGUGGGAAACUAUCUUGGUUUUCCUGUUUUCCUUGUGAUGUCCAUGAAGUUUCUUUCCUGCAAUGAGGAGGCCUCAAGGCAUCUAACACGUCAAGAAAAAAGAGAUGAAGCUUACUUCAUGAAUUUGUUGAGAAUGGUGGAAUCAACUCCAGGCUUGUAUUAUUCCUAUGAAACAGAUAUAACAGUGAACUUGCAGAGAAGAUGCAACUUGGCAAAAGGGUGGAUGAGUAAACCAGUUUGGAAACAGGCUGACCCACGGUUUGUUUGGAACAAAAAUCUGUUGGAGGAAUUGAUUGAAAAUAAGCUUGAUGGAUUCAUCGUUCCUCUGUUGCAAGGGAGCUUUAAGACUGGACAUCUUAAACUCAAAGAGUCACCAGCUACGAUAGCAUUGAUUUCAAGGAGAUGCACACGACGCAUGGGAACCCGAAUGUGGAGAAGAGGAGCUAAUCUAGAAGGAGAUACUGCUAAUUUUAUUGAAACUGAGCAAUUGCUGGAGUUUGAAGGUUUCAGGUCGUCUUUUUUGCAAAUUCGAGGUUCAAUUCCGCUACUGUGGGAGCAAAUUGUUGAUUUGAGCUAUAAACCACGGCUUAAUAUUAUCAAUCACGAGGAAACACCAAAAGUCAUGGAGCGCCAUUUUCAUGAUCUCGUGAAAAGAUACGGGGAUGUCACUGCAGUUGACCUGACAAACAAGCAUGGUGAUGAGGGUCUAUUAAGUGCAGCUUAUGCAACAGAAAUCCAAAAGCUGUCAAGUGUGAGAUAUGUUUCGUUUGACUUUCAUCACCAUUGUGGGGGCUCAAACUUUGACAACAUACAACUUCUAUAUGAUCAGAUCUCGGAGGAUUUUGAAAAGAAAGGAUACUUUCUCAUAGACACAGAAGAGAAGAUUCUAUUAGAGCAGAGAGGAGUUGUUAGAUCCAACUGCAUUGACUGCCUAGAUCGAACAAAUGUUACUCAGAGCUAUCUGGCUCGGAAGUCUUUGGAUUCUCAAUUGCAAAGACUGGGUGCACUUUCAUCAAAUGAGAGCAUUUCUAUGUUCACUGAAGAUUUUGAAAUCUUUAAGACUAUGUGGGUGGAUCAAGGUGAUGAAAUCAGCCUGGAAUAUUCUGGAACACAUGCUCUAAAACGGGACCUUGUCAGAUAUGGGAAACAGACUAUGACAGGGCUUAUACAAGAUGGGAUGAGUGCUGUUUCAAGAUACUUCUUGAACAAUUUUCAGGAUGGGAUUCGUCAGGAUGCGGUGGACCUUACAAGUGGCCGCUAUAAUGUUAACAGGGGCAGCCCCUCUCCUUUCCAGAAACAUGGAUUUGACUCACUCAGUUAUCUACCAGUAGCAUCAGCUCUUUUAAUUGGAGGAUUGACCGUGACCACCAUCACGAUAAAUCAAGCGGGACGAAGUACAAAUACCAUGUUGUCCUCUGCACUCUGUGCUGGUGUAGUUGCUGGAAUUAUGGCACUAGUCAAAUCAAAUGGAAGGCAAAUCUGCUCAAGACCUCGCCUAUGUGGACUGCUUUAAGUCACAGCAUCAUAUCGUAGUAGAUAUACAGAUCAACAAUGCAUCUUUGCUUCGUGAACCUGACUGCUAUCAGACCCGUGAAUGAAACCAAGCCAUCACGGAAUCCGGUAACUAGGAGGACUUCCGAGACUACGCAAGGAGCAGCAGGCAUUGUUGUAAACUAGAAUUAAACAUCAUAAAACCUCUUAGUAAAUGGGAAAUACCACGGAGUAUAUAUAUUUUACUUGUAUCGAAUUUGACUUCACCCGGUGUAUUUGUUGUAUUAAAAUUUGACUUAAACAUGGCUGUAUGUUCAUAUCCCAAUAAUGUUUAAAUACUGAUUGAGGGAAUUUGAUGAUAAUUGAUUUUCAUUCUGUAA